AUGUCCCGCUGCAUGGUAAUCAUCCAGGCAGUUGCCAACGAACAGCCGAAUAAUGGCAGUGAAGUCUUCGCACAAGACCUCCACAUCUUCGAGGCCGCUCACAUGGAGGUCACAGCGGGCUACUUCACAUGGCUGGAUUAUGCACUGGACAACAACACGGACAUCUGGCGUGAGCUUGUUGUCCAGGUGAAGAGGUACGGCUAUGGAUGGUCUUUCGAUGGUUUUCUUGUGUACUUCGCUACCGCUGCCUUACUCACGCAGGCUCUCCUUACUACCGUCCACAUUGUAGCCAUUUUGUCGGGACGUUGGACAUCAAAUGCUUGGAGUAGCAUGGCCUCAAUGCUUGCAAUGGCACUUCGAUCGCAGCGGUCUGCUGUGCCCGCUGACCUUGGCAAUGGGCAUGAGCAAAGCCGGUUGGGACUUUCGAGGGCCGAAACCUUCCUCUUGCUCGAGAGGUGA